AUGGCCCAUGCUCACCUCUAUGGCUCCGCUAACGAUAUCAGAUGGGCACCCAAACCCCUCCUCAAGGAGCACCAACGACCGGCCUUCCUCAAGUCCUGUCUCUUAGACCUAAGAUCCUGGUUCUACGACCUCCCUACAGAGUUACGAAUCGACCGUGCCAACGACAUCCCCCAAGCCUACACACUCCACAUGGUGUACCACACGGCAAGAAUCCUCCUAGCAAAGCCAUUCAUCAUGAGAGAGAAUCCACCGCCAAAAGCCCAAAAUGAAACCACCGAUCUAGCUCACUCAAUCUGCCGCGAAUCCGCCCGUUCCAUCUGCCUCGUCGCCCAGAAAUACCGACACACAUUCGGAGGAUACCAUCUGAGCCCAAUCACAGCAACACACUGCACACUAUCCGCAGCGCUAGUCCUCCUCGACGAAACCGAGAAUCUGAACGCCCCCUCACAUAAGAACAAACUUGCCCUGUGUCUAACAGUACUAGACGAGCUAUCUAAAUCAUGGUACCCGGCAGGUCAUAUCGGACAUAACCUACGGAAGCUUUGCCAGUCUGUCAUCUCGGAUGACACAUUCUCUAUAGAAAAGGGACUCUAUCCGUUCGAAACUAACCCCAGUCCACCACUCGACCUAGGCGUCGAGCUCCCAAACGUCAUCGACGAGAUUGAAUCUAACCCAAGCGUCAACCCGGGCAACGCCCUGGCUAAUCAACUGGAACUGUCAGUGCCGAUGGAAUCACUGCCCGUCGAUUACGGGUUCUUCGAUAUCCUAAAUCAGAUCAAUUGGGAGCGGAUGUGGUAG